AUGCGUUUCACCUCAUAUUCCUUGGCCGCUGCCACGGCACUGCUAUCCUUUGGCUCUGCAAGCCCUGUCGAGAAGCGUCAAAGCGCAUAUGCUGGUUACCUCAUCUCAACGUUCUCAGAUGCGAACCCCACCGUUCAGUGGUAUCUCUCGAAUAACAACUCUCCCACAAGUUUUACCAAGAUGAAUGAUGGCAACCCUGUCUUGACAUCGACUGUUGGUACAAAAGCUGUGCGUGAUGUGUACCUGACAUCAAAUGGUGCCCGUAAUCAAUUCUACUUGAUCGCAACUGACCUUGACAUUAAUGCAGCUGGCUUCUCGUGGGAUGAAGCAACACGUCGUGGCAGCCGCGGAAUAGUCGUCUGGAGCUCCAGCAACCUUAUCGACUGGUCUGCUGCGUCUUUGAACACUGUUGAAGAUGAAACCGCAGGCAUGGUCUGGGCGCCGUCAGCCGUGUGGGACGAUGAAUCACAGCAGUUCUACAUCUUCUGGGCAUCACGGUUCUACGAUGCCGCCGACACAGCGCACAACGGUGCUGCAGGGCUGGAUCGUAUCCGAUAUUCAUCCACCAGAGAUUUCAAGACUUUCACCCCACCCGCAGACUACAUUGCCGAUGGUACACCAGUAAUCGACCAAGAAUUCCAGUACUUAAAUCAGCCUGGCCACUUCACUCGAUUCAUCAAGAACGAGACAGUUAACCAGAUCUACCAAGAGAACACGACUGGCGGUCUCUUCGGUUCUUGGGAGCGGGUACCUGGCUAUGUGACAGGGGGCUCACCUUGGGAGGGCACAGCAUCGUAUGCUGACAACAAGGUGGCCGGAAAGUACCACAUCUUCCUUGACAAUUACACCGAAUACGUGCCAUUUGAGUCAACAGAUCUGACGACAUGGACUGCAUCGAGCAGAGACGGUUUCCCUACAGGUCUGAAGCAUGGUUCUGUGACGCAAAUCACGCAAGCCGAGCUGGAUGCUAUCGAGGCAAAGUAUCCAGCAUGA